CACACCGCGAGAAGAGAGUACAGAUAGCUCAGUCUCCGCCUCUCCCGUCGGCCAUCCAUGCUACUCCGCCUCCGCCCGCCGCCGCAGCCGGCUACCGCGGCUGCUGCUGCUGCUGCGAGCCUCUCAUCUUUUCUUCCCUCCCCUUCCUUCCGCGGCCUCCUCCCCUCGACGUCCUGGCGGUCCCCUCCGCGCCGCCGCCUUUCCACCACCGCCACCGCCUCCUCGAAGGAUUCUAGAGGCCGAUUGGAUUCUGAGCGGUAUGACGUCAUUGUUGUCGGGGGUGGCCAUGCUGGAUGUGAGGCCGCGCUUGCGUCGGCCCGCCUUGGCGCACGCACCCUUCUUCUUACGCUCAACAUUGAUCGGAUUGCAUGGCAGCCUUGUAACCCUGCUGUGGGUGGGCCUGCAAAGUCUCAACUUGUCCACGAGGUAGAUGCCCUUGGUGGUGAAAUUGGAAAAAUUGCUGAUAGGUGCUACCUGCAAAAGCGUGUACUGAACAGCUCAAAAGGCCCUGCUGUUCGUGCACUGCGUGCUCAGACUGAUAAGAGAGAGUACGCAUUAGAGAUGAAGAACAUUGUGGAAAGCACAGAAAAUCUUUUCAUUAGAGAGGCAAUGGCUACUGAAGUGUUGAUUGGGAAAAAUGACAGUGUUGAGGGUGUUCGCACUUUCUUUGGCAUGGACUUUUAUGCACCAUCUGUUGUACUUACCACUGGAACAUUUAUGAGUGGUAAGAUUUGGGUUGGUAGGACAUCAAUGCCUGCUGGGCGAGCUGGAGAAUCAGCUUCUCAUGGACUUACUGAAAACUUGCAGCAUCUGGGUUUUGAAACUGACCGCUUAAAAACUGGUACACCACCACGAAUUGAUCGCAGGACAGUUGAUUUUUCUGGAUUGGAACCCCAGCAUGGUGAUGAAGAGGUAGGUUGGUUUAGUUUUGAUCCUGAAUUUCAUGUCGAGAGAGAGCAGAUGUGCUGCUAUUUAACAAGAACCACAAAAGAGACGCACCAAAUUGUUAGAGAUAACUUAGAUGAAACACCAACUUAUGGUGGGUGGGUUGAAGCAAAGGGACCAAGAUACUGCCCAGCAAUUGAAGAUAAGAUUGUAAGGUUCAAAGAUAAAGAGUCUCAUCAGAUCUUUCUUGAACCUGAGGGUAGAAAUGUUCCUGAACUAUAUCUGCAGGGCUUUUCCACUGGGCUUCCUGAGAGAUUGCAGUUAUCACUUGUCCGAACUAUACCAGGGCUGGAGAACUGUCUAAUGCUAAGGCCUGCUUAUGCUGUUGAAUAUGAUUACUUACCUGCAUAUCAGUGCUCAAGAUCACUUAUGACAAAGAAGUUUGAGGGAUUAUUCUUCUCUGGCCAGAUAAAUGGAACAACAGGAUAUGAAGAAGCUGCAGCUCAGGGUAUAAUUUCUGGAAUCAAUGCAGCUAGGCAUUCUGAUGGAAAAUCAUUAAUUAUUCUUGAGAGGGAAAGCAGUUAUAUAGGGACUCUUAUUGAUGAUCUUGUUACAAAAGAUCUUAGGGAGCCCUAUCGCAUGCUAACAAGCCGGUCAGAACACCGUUUAUUGCUUCGAGCAGAUAAUGCUGAUAGUCGUUUGACCCCUUUGGGACGAGAGAUUGGUUUAAUAGAUGAUAGACGCUGGGAGCUUUAUCAGUCAAAGCAAGCCCGCAUUAAGCAAGAAAAAGAACGGUUGAAAUCUACAAAAGUACCAGGAGGUGAACUUGCUGCUGAAGUUUCUGCAGUAUCCAACCAACCAGUAAAGGAUUCAUCUACACUUGAAGCUAUACUGAAGAAGCCACAUGUGCUAUAUAAACUUCUUGAUAAGCAUGGAUAUGGAAACGAAAAUUUAUCUCGAAUUGAGAAGGAAUGUGUAGAGAUUGAUAUCAAGUAUGAAGGUUUCAUUGCACGACAACAGAGUCAAUUACACCAGAUUGUUAACCAAGAACACAGGAAACUUCCUGAAGAUUUGGAUUACCACUCAAUGAAAAAUCUGUCAAUUGAAGCUCGUGAGAAACUUUCGAAGGUACGUCCGCAAACUAUAGGUCAGGCUAGCAGAAUUGGUGGGGUGAGCCCAGCUGACAUGACUGUUCUCCUUAUAUGGAUGGAGAGCAAACGUCGCAUGGCUAACCACAGGAGACAGCAAGACCAGCUGAGAUCAGCUGCAGUGAAGUUAGAUGAUUCUUCAGAGGAAGUGGCCCAUGCCAGCGCAGCAUAGGAGUAGCAACAAGUUUGGUGAAGUACUCAGGAAUUCUCGGUGUCUUGGCAGAAUUACGCAGGAGGUGCAAAUGCAUGUGGAGCGGAUAUGCUGUGGCUAUUUUGAUUACCUGAAGAAAUGUAGCGGUCCUUUGGCCCUUCCUGUUGUGGUUUAUUUUCACCCUACAUGUGCACAUGGCUUUAGAAACUAGAAUAUAUGAUCAGCUUGGCAAUUACAAUUGCAGAGAGUCUCUAAUCCUAUAUGAAUCAGAAGGCUGAUUGUAAAGAAUGGCAACAGCGAAAAUGUGGCAUGAUAAUGGAGAGCUCCCAUCGUUAAUCCUUGUAAAGUGUGGAAUCCUUUUAUUAUGCUCAUUGUGAUAAAUAGUAUGAGAUGCUUUUGUAUA